AUGUCAAAAGAUGUGGAGAUUGGGGAUCGUGUCACCUCAGAGGACCUGGACUUGGAUGAUUUUGACGAGGAAGAGGAUCUUGGAUGGUCAUGGAACUACUUGGCUGUUUGCAUUCUCCUACCCCUCUUUAAUGGCUUCAACAAUGGCUAUGCAUGGGCCGGCAUCUCUCUUCACUAUGUGGACAUGGGCUGGCCUAUUUCAAGGGCCGGAUGGGCAUGCUGUAUUGGUUUUACCUCACGUUUGAUCUUUCAGCAAGUCAUGAUGCGGGGAGGCUUUUGGGUGGUGGUGCCACUGGGCCUGCUGCAUUUGGCGGCUGCGAUCAUUGGCGUCAUCUAUAGCACUGAGGCCUCUUCCACGGUGCUCGCCGUGUUCACCUUCGCCGUGGCUUCUUCCGUGACGAUCGGUGGCAUCAUUUACGAUGCCAGCGGGUGGAAAGGAAUGUCGGUCUUCCACACCAUCUGCCAGGUGGUCGUGUUGCUUCUGUUUGUGAGCCAGCCAGCGGUCCUGAGCUCCUUCUGGGAAGUCUUUGGGAGAGAGGAGAUCACAGAGGAGUGUGCUGCAGCGCUGCAGAAGCAUGAUUUGCAGUUGGAAGAUAUUGAUGAGAUGGAAGAGGAUGAGAAUGCAGACAACUCAGGCAGAAUGACCACCGCCAACAAGAAAACCGACGCCUCAGUGAGAGAAAGAGAAACCAUGACCAGCGGGACGCAGGCUACCGUGUUGUCGCGGAUCACGUCUUUGGUCAGCUUGAAGGAGUCCGAAGACUGGUUUGACGGUGGAGACUGUCGAUCCACCGAUCGGGCACCGGGGCGCGUGACCGCGGACUGGCAUGGGACCCUGGCGGGACUGGUGGUGCUGGUGGUUGACUCGGAUACCUUUCAACACCACUUCGCCGCCAACAGCAAUCUACGCGAGACCAUCGCACAGCGCCGAGGCCUGCGCGCACCGGCGGAGAGCGACGACGAGGAGGAGGAGGAGGAGAAGUCGACCUCCGUUCCGAAGGAUUUGCGAUUUCCCUUGCUCUUGUGCGUGAUGUGUUGCUUCAACAACACGGGGAGCUAUGUCAUUGAGUUCGGGACUUUUGCAAUCUUCUUCAAGGACUAUCAUGGCUGGGAGUCUGCGACCUGGGCGAGCCUGGCGCAGACGGCAGGAGAUUUGGUGGCUGCAGUGAUGAUGAAGGUCCUCAGGAGCGAUGUGGAGGAGGCCGAGAAUGUGAGUUGCCUGCGGCGGAUGAUUCUGCAGCCCUACAACAUCGCCUGUCUUCUCUUCGGCUGGGUGCUCUGCAACUUGGGGAUGGUGAGUCCCUUGUUGCCCAUCGCAGUGACGGCGCAGAUCAUCAUGGGCACGCUCUAUGUCUACACCAUCAAGAUGACGACGGAUCUGAAUCUCUUCUAUUCCAUGGGAGAUACAGCGCUCUUUGUGAAACUCCAGGGCUUUUGCAAAAACGCGGAAGCCCUGGGCGGCGGCAUUGCAAGCUGGAUCGGCCCUUUCUUGUACGCCACGGUGAACCCCUUCUUUCCUUUCAUCGUGAGCACUUGCAUGUCUUUGCUGGCCUUCUUACUCUUCACAGCAGGCUUUGGCCAUCGCGUGGGCUGUCUGGACAUCGACAGUGCGGAGGAGCAGCGGAGCCAACGCUUGGGCAAGAAGCGUGUGAGCCGGUGGAGCGUGGCGAGUCGCAAGUCGACAGUUGUAAUGCCUGAAAUAGAACUGGAGGAGAGCUAAUGCAGCGCUCAGUGCAAACUGCGGCAGGUUGUUGUUGGAGGCCAGGUGUGCCCCUUCCAUCUGUCAAUGUGUAAAAAGAC